GUAACGUCCGUUUUCUUGCUGUUUGUAAUUCAAUUUUCGCUCUCCAGCCUCCGCUUCAUGUAAUAGCGACCACUCUAACUUUUGCCAGAAAGAAGAUAAGAAGACAGCGUUGGGGAUAGCAAUAACAACCAUGGGCAGCUAGUGAAAAUGGUCUAGUUGUCUUUUGUGUGGAGGAAAGAAGGUUAGUAAUACCCUGGAGAGUCCUUCCUCUUCCCACUCAGACAGUCCAGUAAGUUUCCAGCACCAUGGCAGAGGAAGAAUACGGCAACUUUGUGGACUGGAACCAGAUGGGGGAUCUGGCCAAGAGCAGCGGGCCCACCAAGGUAGACUGUAAAGAACUGAAAGAGUUCAAACAGAUGGCUCGGCAGGGUUACUGGUCCAAAAACCACAAACUGAGGGCACAGGUCUACCAGCAGCUCAUCAAAGCCAUUCCUUGCCGUACAGUCACCCCAGAUGCAGAAGUGUACCGUGACAUUAUGGGAAACUCAGGCACAAAGAAGCCCUCCUCCAACAUCCCACUUCCAGAUUUUGUGGAUGAUAAUCCGGUGCCGCGGUAUUGUCUGAAGGUGGAGGCGGUAGCUUCAGCACAUCAGAUCAUAAACUGCGUGGCUGGACAAUUUCCCGAUAUCUCCCACUGCCCAUCACUACCUGCUGUUACAUCAUUGCUCCUGCACUUCAGCAAAGAUGAAGCUCAGUGUUUUGAGCACGUCAGCCGCAUCCUGGCCUGCAAUGAGCCUGGAAAACGCCUGCUGGACCAGACUUUCCUGGCUUAUGAGUCUAGCUGCAUGACUUUUGGAGAUCUUGCCAACAAAUAUUGUGCAGCCGCACACAAACUGAUAGUUGCAACCGCCCAGGAUGUGCUGGAGGUCUACUCUGACUGGCAGCGCUGGGUGCUGGGUGAUCUGCCUUUCAGCCAUAUGGUCCGGAUCCUGGAUGUCUACCUGGUGGAAGGCUACAAAGUUCUCUACCGCAUUGCUAUCGCAUUGCUGAAGUUCUACCGCAAACAUAAAGCAGGAUCUCAGGGAGGUCAGGGGAGCGGGCAGCCGCAGGAUUCUGCCAAAGUUAGGGCGGACAUUCAAGCUUUUGUCAGGGGCAUUGGCUCUACUGUCACUCCAGACAAGCUGUUAGAGAAGGCCUUCUCCAUCCGUCUGUUCAGCCGAAAGGAGAUCACACUGCUGCAGCUCACAAAUGAAAAGUCCCUGCAGCAGAAAGGAAUCACAGUCAAACAGAAGCGCUCUAGGAGGAACGUCCAGCUGGCUCUUAACCCUGACACCUUUUCCUCAGAGAUCGUCAGUGCCAAAGAGAUGCGGGACAUCUGGUCAUGGAUCCCGGAGCGCUUCGCUCUGUGCCAACCACAACUCCUCUUCACUACGUCCACUCAUGGCUGCAGCCUGAACAGGUUCUACUCACAUUGUGAAGGCUACGAGCCCACCCUGCUCCUCAUCCGGACCACAGAUGGAGAUGUAUGUGGAGCCUUCCUGUCCACUGACUGGGAGGAGCGAAAAAGAGGAGGCAAUAAAUUGAGCUACUUCGGCACAGGGGAAUGCUUUGUCUUCAGGCUGAAGCCAGAGAUGGAGCGCUAUGAGUGGGUGGUGAUCCGCCACCCUGAGUUGGCCUCAUCCAUCAAGAGUCAGGAGCAGGAAGACGGUGCUGCCUCUGAAGUCCCAAACUCUGAGAACAACGGCUUAGCGCAGCCGGAGAAACCCAUCGGAGAACUGUCACCAUUCCUCUCUGCUCGCCACUUCAACCUCAACUCAAAGAAUACAUCCAUGUUCAUGGCUGGAAACUUUGACUCCAUCAUCAUCGGUGGAGGUGAAGGCAACGCUCUCUACAUCGACUCUGAGCUCAACCAUGGACGCACCGGCCCAUGCGCCACCUUCGACAACCCACCGCUGUGCGCUGAGACCUUCCAGGUUUCACUUCUGGAGUCAUGGGGCUUUGAGGAUGUCAUGUCCAAAUAAUGCUGUACACAUAACACAAACAAAGAUACAUACGGGAAAAACAAAGAGAGUUUACAUAAAUAUAAAUAUAAAAACGACAACCCUGGUGUAAAAUGACCUGCAAGUGUUUUAUGUAACACAAAUAUGCAAACUAACCUACAUCCGUCCGAAAAAUCCCUAUAUAGAAUUAACUUUUUAAUUUAUUUAAGCACUUAAUUCUGUUAUGUGAAUAAAAUGUGGUAUUUUUGUUUAUUUUUGUAUUUACAGAUUUGUUAUAUGGUGUACUAAUUAUAUGAAGGUGUCUAGUGUUAUGAAGGAAGUUUCAGGAUUAAAAACGACGCUUAAGUCGGCUGUUAUGUAUUCAUGUUCACGAUGAACAAAACAUUUACAAAAGUUCAAAUUUCCUGAAUGUAAAACCAGUUUUUGAUGUUCUGUGGUUUGGGUAAAUCUGCCAAAUUUACUGUACAGGUGACUCUGCAGUCCGUUGAAACAUGUUAUUAGACUGAACGUGUUAACAGAGUGAGAUUACAAAUGUGCAGUCACAAGUUUCUCUGUUUUUUUUUUGUUUUUUUUUUUAAGAUAAAGAAAAAGAUAGCUUGGAUAGACUUUGACCCAUUCUCCCACUUUUUCCUCAGCUGUACAUACAUGGAUGGUCUCCUAACUCAGUGACUGUGGUAAAUAUUUGUGAAACCAGUAGUGAAAUGAGUGUUGCCAUUUUGCACUCAAUGUCAGAGCUUUCUUUUGAACCAGUGACAGUCUCUCCUGUGUAUGGUUUAUGGAUACAUGUGAAAAACUCAAGCUUUUAAAGAAAAAUUCAAGGUGCUUUUGCUUUAUAAGUGUAGUUACAUAUUGUUCCUUCUUUUCUCACCAUUUUCUGCUUACUUCAGCUUCCGUCCUUUUCAGUGUAAAGACAGCAACAAAAGAAGUCCAAAAUUGUGUUCUGAUGGUAGAGUGUUGUCGGGGGUUACUCCUUGUUUGUAACUGUACAUUCAAACGUGAAAUAUCUGUUAAGAAACUACAAAUGUAAUGAACGUGAAAAUACAGACGUAUACUUUC